AUGUCUCCACCGAUUGCCACGUUCAACGAAUUCGACGACGGCUACAAGGCGGCCGGCGAGGUGAACAAGAAGAGCCUCGACGGGAGCGUCAAGAAGCUCGCCGUCCUCAACGGAGCUGCCGACGUGCAGGGCACCACCAAGCUCCUCGACGACUUUGGCGGAAAAUGGGACGGCUUCAGGUUCGCCCCGAUCCGCGAGUCCCAGGUGUCGCGCGCCAUGACCCGACGCUACUUCGCCGACCUCGACCGCUACGCCGAGUCGGACGUCGUCAUCGUCGGCGCGGGCUCGUGCGGCCUGUCGACGGCCUACACCCUCGCAAAGGCCCGUCCGGACCUGAAGAUCGCCAUCAUUGAGGCCUCGGUCUCCCCCGGCGGCGGCUGCUGGCUGGGCGGCCAGCUCUUCAGCGCCAUGGUCCUGCGCAAGCCCGCCGACGCGUUCCUCGACGACAUCGGCGUCCCGUUCGAAGACGAGGGGAACUACGUCGUCGUCAAGCACGCCGCGCUCUUCAUGAGCACCCUGAUGAGCAAGGUCCUGGCCAUGCCGAACGUCAAGCUCUUCAACGCGACCUGCGUCGAGGACCUCGUCACCCGCACCUCCGCCGACGGCGGUAUCCGUGUCGUCGGUGUCGUCACCAACUGGACCCUCGUCACCCUUCACCACGACAACCAUUCCUGCAUGGAUCCCAACACCAUCAACGCACCUCUCGUCAUCAGCACCACAGGCCACGACGGCCCGUUCGGAGCCUUCUGCGCCAAGCGUCUCGUCAGCAUGAAGGCCGUCGAGAAGCUGGGUGGAAUGCGAGCCCUUGACAUGAACAGCGCCGAGGACGCCAUCGUCAAAGGCACCCGCGAGGUCUCCCCUGGCUUGAUCAUGGGCGGCAUGGAACUCAGCGAGCUCGAUGGCGCCAACCGUAUGGGUCCCACCUUUGGGGCCAUGGUCCUGAGCGGUGUCAAGGCCGCCGAGGAAGCUUUGAAGGUCUUUGAGACCAGAAGGGCCGAAUGUGCCGCCGAGUAA